UAGGAACAGCAUCAAUACUUGCUACCAUACAACUCAGCACUCAUCUUCAAAUGUCCCAGUAAACAACGAUCCAUUGGCCGCAACACAUUUCUUCAGUAUGCAAGCAGAAGUGCAUAGAUUAGUUGCUCAGAUUGGUAGCAGUUCAAGGAAGACACAGGCAAUGCUAGUCUUGGCAAAUUUUGAAGCUAAAUCUAAGAAAGCAUCAAGUUAUAUGAACAUCGGGCAACAGAUACCACGGGAUGCACAUCAGACAGCCAUCCGCACUCUGCGGACAAUUUUGCAGGAUGAGGUGAAUGGCAACAUCAGUCAAGAACAUCAUGAUCAGACCCAUGGUUGUGAUGAAGCUCAAGCCGAUGAUGUCGACAUGCAUGAUACCAAUAGUCUGGAGAAUAGAGGAUCUGAACAUGUAUCUGACACGCCAAUUGUCCGAUCUGAAAUAAGGGAAAAUGAUCUGUCUUCUGGUGGUCUCACAAACCAGGAGCUCAAUCAGGGUGCGGCUGUAGAAUUUGAACAAAACAGGACCCAAGAACAAGUUUUACCAACCAUCGACAGCCUGCACAAUGCUGUCACUAAUAGUUUCUAUUUUCCUGGCGGGAAUAUUGAGCUUGACAAUGAAAUGGAAGGCGAACUUUCACCUGUCUGUACUCAGGUUCACACAGAUGUUACUAUUGAUCGUGUCAUGACUCUUGCUGCGGCUAAAGGAGACGCUGGACCAGCCUUGCCCAACGGCAUUGCAGGCACCCAUGAUAAUGUGCACGAAGCAACCUCACAUGUGGAUUCCCUAGUUGAAGUCACUGAUGCAUAUACCACUAGUAGCAGCCCCCGACAAGUUGCAACUGCUGAAAUGACUAGAUCAGCAGCGAAUGUUGUUGCACAGACUGCCAAACAAGUACCAUAUGAGGUACCAUAUGAGUCGGCAGGAAUCGUUAGUAACACCGAUGAUGCACUCGGCCCUGUUGUUUUCCGACCUUGCACUCCAGGUGACAUCCUCCACUGUCCAGCUGUUAAUCCUAGGCCACAACGGCUUACAAAACGACCAGCCAUGUAUGUGUCCCCAUUCAAAGGUGAUCCGCAACGAGCAAAAGUUCCAUUGUCCAAGGCACUUGCUGUGAGAAAGAAGUUCAACACUAGAAUGAAGUAUUUAAGUGGAUCAGACAUAUUAGCUUCCUUCAUUGAUGGGGAAAAGAUGUUGUGCACCAGAUUCAUGUCCUAUUUCGUUGCUUGCAUGAGUCAUGAUGGAUCAGUCCACAUGAUUGAUGGUGGUGGCUACAGGGUCUUCUUAUCUCCAGACCUUGGGGAAUAUGUCAAUAUAGAGGAAGAUGAAGACAUAUCUCAUUGGGAAUCACCUCAGGCCCUAGCCAUUUUACAACGUGAUAUUGAAGAUGUUGACCCGAACAAAGUGAAACUAGGCGAGUUCCUUUUGCCGGUUGUAGAGAAGGGUCAUUACAGCAUAUACUGCAUCAACUUCAUACAUGACCGGAUAGAUGUUCUGGAUUCUAGCCCAGAAGACCACAGAGUUUACCAUCAAGUUCUAGGUGACCGAAUCAUUCGCAGGCUGAAUCUCCUAUUCCAGUUGGCUACGGAUUCCACAAUAAAACAGUUUACUAGAUUCAAGCGUCCCAUCAUAGACGAAUGUUUUCAGUCGCACGCAAACGAUUGUGGUUUCUUUGCAAUAAAAUUCAUGGAGCUUUGGAAUGGUGAAUCUUUCCAUGUUUCAAUCCUAACGGAAAACAUAUAGCCAUAUGGCAGUACAGGUCUCAGCUCCUCUUCUAUGGCAUCUACCAUCCGAUCAACAAGAUCGAGAAGCUCCCUGCUGGACUGGAAGCAUAUAGGCCUCGCCUGUGAUCCUCAUCCUUGAUCCUUGUUAUUGUCCAACAAAAUGUGUACUAGGGAACAAGUUUGUUUUUCUACUGCCCAAAAUAAUUUCUACGUGUUGGUUGUAUGGACAUCAGGGAUUGUAAAAAAGGUUUUCAUGGAACAUGUUUCUCUACUUUUAUUUCAGUUAAAUUGAUUUAUUAUAUUACUA